AUGCAACACUGCCCAUUUGACAAUGUGACAGACACACCAGAGAGUUUGCAGUCAUCGUGCUGCCUGGACUACGAGACCUCCAUCGACUUCUUCUACAGAUCCGUGCAGGCUCUCCACGUCGUCACUGGCGUGCUUGGCCUUUACUUUUCCCUUUAUUACAUCAUCAAGUAUUCUUCAAAGCAUUUCCUACCACAAAACACAAAGGUUAGAUUUUAUCGCGUAUUGCGCAGUUCAUUCUUUACAGAAGGGGUUGAUGACUGUUUACUUCAGGUUUUACACUUGGUGCAAUCCUUUCAUGCAACCGAGGACGAUCCUUGUAGCGUGCGGAAUACGGUCUCGUUUUGCGCCCCGUUCCGAUACGCAUUCGCCUUUUGUAUGUUCAUCUUGGUCCUCAGUCAGUACUUCAUGUACGUCGAUCGACUCAUAGACAACUUAUAUGUAUCGUACAAAUCUGCUCAGAACUACAUCCUCGCUACACUGCUCAUAAUUGAGUUCCCAUUGGCCAUCCUCACCGUUCUGUAUGUUUUUCGAGAUGCAGUAUCCACAGAACAGCUACUAUCGUGCCUAAAUGUGCCCCUGUCGUCAAUGGUCGAUGUCAGCAUCGCCACCGCCGCUCUGCUGCCAGUGAACUGCAUUUGCCUCAUUAUGUCUGUACUUCUUUUCCAAACGCAUCAACGUAAAAUCACACUGUGA